AUGCAUGACAACUAUUUGAACACACUUGGCACUUCAGAAGCCUUGCUGGACAUGCUCUCUACUGGAGAAGCCAAUGUUCCCAAUUACAGCUGUGGAAGGAAGGACCACCUGUUGGCUCUUCUUGAUGCAGCUGACAGGGAGAUUUCCAUCCAGAUGUCAACAUUAGUAGGCCCCUACAAAGUCUCACAGUUCCAUCCCUUUCUGGAGAAGAAUGAGUUCAACAAUCUUUCCCACUGGAAUCUUUACACGGACCAUAAUGGAGAAAUAGCUGCAGAUAUGGACAUUGAAUUCAUGUCUGUGCCUCAGUCCCAAUGUGUGGAAAGUUGUCAUCCUGGAUUUGUGAAGCGGAAGCGAGAAGGAGAGCCUGCUUGCUGCUACGACUGUAUUCCUUGUCCUGAGGGGACCAUCUCCAUUCAUGAAGCCACAGGCCUUGUUUUAAUCAUAUUCAUUAAACAUCAGGAAACUCCCAUUGUGAAAGCCAACAAUCGAGACCUCUCUUACGUCCUCCUGGCCUCCCUCCUGCUUUGCUUCUUGUCUCCUUUUCUCUUCAUUGGUCAACCAAGGAAAGCUACCUGCCUUCUCCGACAAACCGUUUUCAGCAUCAUCUUCUCAGUUGCCGUUUCUUCUCUCUUGGCCAAAACCAUCACAGUGGUGCUGGCUUUCCUGGCCACAAAACCAGGAAACCGAGUGAAGAGAUGGUUGGGGAAGAGCUUGGCCAACUUCAUCAUCCUUUCUUGUUCUAGUGUCCAAAUUAUGAUCUGUUCCAUCUGGUUGGGAAUUUCUCCCCCAUUCCGUGACUCGGACUUUCACUCCCAGCCUGGGGAGAUCAUCCUGCAAUGCAAUGAAGGCUCUGUUUUCAUGUUCUACAUCACCCUCAGCUACAUGGGCUUCCUGGCUGCCAUCUGUUUCAUGGUGGCUUUCCUGGCCAGGAAUCUCCCUGGAGCCUUCAAUGAAGCCAAGCUGAUCACCUUCAGCAUGCUGGUCUUCUGCAAUGUCUGGGUCUCCUUCCUGCCCACCUACCUCAGCACCAAGGGGAAAUACAUGGUGGCUGCCGGAAAAGAUGCAUCCAAAAAACUCCAGUGGAGACAGAAGAUGAUUUGA